CUCGUUUCUUCUAAAUUCUAAUAAAAUGGAAGAGCGACUUUGCUCAUCUCUCUCUCUCUCACUCUGACUCUGAAAAUGAUGAAAUGGAGAAGUUAAUAUCCACCAAAUUACUAUUAAAGUUAGAAGUACCAGAGGAGUUAUCUCAGAUCUGGUAAUAAAGAGAGAAAAAGAUAUUUGAGCUUCUCCACCAGACCAAACUUUAUUUUCCACCAUCUAGGUUAAGAGAAAAUGAGUAAAGAAGAGUUCAUGAAGAUCCAGACUUGUGUUCUUAAGGUGAACAUACAUUGCGAUGGUUGUAAGCAGAAAGUCAAGAAAAUCUUGCAGAAAAUUGAGGGUGUCUUUACUACAAAGAUAGAUGCAGAGCAAGGGAAAGUGACCGUCUCAGGGAGUGUAGAUCCAUCAGUUCUCAUCAAGAAGCUCGCCAAAUCUGGUAAACAUGCUGAAAUCUGGGGAGCUCCAAAGGGUAACAACAAUGUGAAUCAAUCCCAUUUGGCGAAUGAUCAGUUGAAGGGACUGCAUAUUGACAAUGGAAAAGGCGGAAACAAUAAUAACAACAAGAAAGACUCCAAGAACGGUGGAGGUAACAAUAAUGGGCCGAAGAUGGGUCAGCAACCGCAACAGAUUCAGAAGAUGAAAGGGUUUCAAGAUCUGAAACUUCCUCCUCAGUUCAAGGAUUUGAAGGGUUCAACUGCUAAUCAAGCGAACAAGAAUCAAAAUCAGAAAGGAAAGAAGUUCGAUGUCCCUGAGGAUGAUGAUGAUUUUAGUGAUGACGAAUUCGAUGAUGAGUUUAGUGAAUAUGAUGAUGACGACGAGUUUGAAGAUGAUGAGUUUGAUGAUCUCCCUCCUCCGCCAAGUAAGAUGAAGCCCAACACGAUGAUGCUUAAUGCUCAACAGAAGAUGAUAAACGCUCAAAAGAAGGCCAAUCUUGGCGGUGGUGGUGGUGGCCCUGGUAAAAACGGCGAUAAGGGCGGCGUUCCCGGUGCUGGUAGCGGUGGCGGCGGCAAAGGAGGUCUUGGUGGGGAUAAAAACCAAGGCGGAGGUAAAAGCAGCGGUGGUGGAGGCGGCGAUCCAAACGUCGGCAAGAAGGGUAACGGCGGAGGUGGGCCCAUGUCUGGAAAAAUUCCGGUAGGUUCCCGUUCAUCUAUGGGAGGUUUGAUGGGGAAUAUUCCGGCGGUUCAUCAAGGAAUACCAGCGACCGGUCCAGGCGGUGCACCGCCGGGUUAUUACCAAGGAGGCGGGUCGGAGGCGAUGCAAAUGCAGCAGCAACAGUAUUUAGCAGCGGUGAUGAAUCAACAACGAGCUAUGGGAAACGAACGGUUCCAACCAAUGAUGUACGCACGGCCACCACCGGCGAUUAACUACAUGCCACCACACCCGCACCAAUAUCCGAACCCUCCGUAUCCAUAUCCUCCUCCUCCUCAUGGUAAUAAUGAUCAUUACUCUCAUGUCUUUAGUGACGACAACACAUCAAGCUGCGCUAUUAUGUGAGAUAUAGUUUGUAUAAAGCUGUAAUAAAACUUGUGUUAUCCUUUCUCAUCUUUUUUUUUCUUAUCCAAGGAUCAAAUCCUAAGUUAUGUUUAGGUUGUUCUCCUUCUUUCAUGUAACUUUUUAUUAGCUAAUCUAUAAAAUUGGUUAUGAAUAUA